AUCUCAUCAUAAUUUAAAAGAUAAAACAAUGUUAACUUGCAUUAGUAGGCUAACGCCAACUAGGUUCAACCAGUCUUAUAUAGUUUUUGCUUAAUUCCCUUGUUGCUUUCAAAUUGCUGUUCUCUCAUCAUUCUUAGAAGACUUGAACUACUUCAAGUUUGUAAAGGAAAAAGGUUUGUGUGUGCCCUUGCCUUAUCCUUUGAUUGAGGAAAAUGGUAGUUGAGGAAAGUAUAGAUGGAGAUAUUACUUCAUGUGAGGUGACAGGAUCAGUAAGUCAUUCACAGAUUCCGAAUCACGAAAAUUCGCAAGAAAUUAAGGGAAGGGAGGAGGCUCCAAAGAAGAACAAGGCCAAAACUGAAAGCAAUAAAACAGUACCCUUUUACAAGCUUUUCUCAUUUGCAGAUUCUUGGGAUCAUUUGCUUAUGUUUGUUGGGACAAUAAGUGCAGUUGGGAAUGGAAUAUCCAACCCUUUAAUGAGUGUACUAAUUGGAGAUACAAUUGAUGCUUUUGGAAGAAAUGGUAGCAAUAAACAAGUUGUUCAUGAAGUUUCCAAGGUCUCUCUGAAGUUUCUAUGCUUGGGUAUAGCUGCCUUGUUUGCAGCAUUUUUGCAGGUUUCUUGUUGGGUGAUCACUGGGGAGAGACAAGCUGCAAGAAUAAGAGGCUUAUACCUCAAAGCAAUUCUGAGACAAGAUGUCGGCUUCUUCGACAAGGAAACUAACACCGGCGAGGUUACUGAAAGGAUGUCAGGAGACACAUUUCUUGUUCAAGAAGCCAUGGGGGAAAAGGUAGGACAGUUCAUACAAUAUGUGGCAAGCUUUUUAGGAGGGCUUAUCAUAGCAUUCAUCAAGGGUUGGCUUCUAACCCUUGUCCUGCUAUCUUCCCUGCCUCCUCUUGUCUUAGCUGGUUCUCUAAUGACUUGCGCUUUCGCGAAGAUGGCAUCUCGUGGGCAAGCAGCAUAUUCUGAAGCAGCAACUGUAUUUGACAGGACUAUUGGUUCAAUUAGAACUGUUGCAUCCUUUACUGGUGAGGAUCAAGCUAUAGCUUUAUAUAAUGAAUCCUUAACCAAAGCAUAUAGGAGUGGUGUGCAAGAAGGAGUGGCUGCUGGUUUAGGCCUUGGUUUGCUUCGAUUGCUCGCUUUCAGCAGUUAUGCUUUGGGUGUAUGGUAUGGAGGGAAGAUGGUUCUAGAGAAAGGAUAUACAGGAGGUGAAGUCAUGAGUGUGUUUUUUGCAGUAUUGAUUGGAUCAUUGUCUCUGGGGCAUGCAUCUCCAAGCUUAACUGCAAUUGCUGCAGGACAAGCAGCAGCCCAUAAAAUGUUUGAAACAAUAAAGAGACAGCCGGAUAUUGAUUCUUAUGACACGGCUGGUCGGAAGCUAGAUGAUAUUUCCGGAGAUAUAGAACUUAGAGAGGUUUGCUUUAGUUAUCCUACAAGACCAGAUGAACUCAUAUUCAAUGGAUUUUCCAUUUCAAUAUCAAGUGGCACUACUGCAGCUUUGGUAGGACAAAGUGGGAGUGGGAAAUCAACAGUUGUUAGUUUGAUAGAGAGAUUUUAUGAUCCACAGGCUGGUGAAGUUCUCAUUGAUGGUAUCAACCUCAGAGAAUUUCAACUGAAAUGGCUCAGACAGAAGAUAGGCCUAGUUAGCCAGGAGCCGGUUCUGUUUUUGUGUAGCAUUAAAGAGAAUAUUGCAUAUGGUAAGGAUGGUGCAACAGAUGAAGAAAUCAUAGCUGCAGCAGAACUUGCUAAUGCUGCUAGAUUCAUAGAUAAAUUUCCUCAUGGACUCGACACGAUGGUUGGUGAGCAUGGAACUCAGCUUUCUGGAGGACAAAAGCAAAGGAUUGCUAUAGCAAGAGCAAUUCUGAAAGAUCCUAGAAUCUUGUUACUUGAUGAAGCUACAAGUGCCCUUGAUGCUGAAUCUGAGAGAGUGGUUCAAGAGACACUAGAUAGAAUAAUGGUUAACAGAACAACUGUUAUUGUAGCGCAUCGCUUAAUCACAAUAAGAAAUGCUGACACGAUUGCUGUUAUUCAUCAAGGAAAAGUUGUAGAAAAAGGUUCACAUGAUGAGCUCAUUAAGGAUCCUAAUGGAGCUUUUAGCCAGCUUAUUAGACUCCAAGAAAUAAAAAAGGAGACAGAACAGAAUGAUGAAUGCUCUGCAGAUUCUGGAAGGCAAUCAAGCCGAGGAUCAUCCGAAAUUGGGAACAGCAAUCAUCACUCAUUCAGAAUAACAGAUGCUAUGACAUCAGAAGGAGGACCUGAAGUUCUUCCUUCAGCAGCAUUAUCACCAACACCUCCAGAAGUUCCAUUUUUCAGGCUUGCUUGUCUUAACAAGCCUGAAAUCCCAGUUUUACUCUUAGGGACAUUGGUAGCAGUUAUAUGUGGAACUAUUACACCUGCUCUGGGGCUUGUUGUCUCUAAAAUGAUAAACACUUUCUUUGAACCUGCGGAUAAACUCCGCAAAGAUUCAAAGCAUUGGGCAUUAAUAUUUGUUGCUUUUAGUGUGGCUGCAUUCAUAUUUCAUCCAUUGAGGUCCUACUUCUUUUCUGUGGCUGGUUCUAAGUUGAUAAAAAGGAUUCGGCUUAUGUGUUUUGAUAAAAUAAUUCACAUGGAAGUAGGAUGGUUUGACAAAGCUGAGAAUUCAAGUGGAGCCCUUGGAGCAAGGUUGUCAAUUGAUGCUGCUUCGCUUCGCGCUUUGUUUGGAGAUGCACUUGGUAUGUUGGUUCAAGAUGCUUCCACUGCAGUUACAGCCUUGGUGAUUGCAUUCGAGGCGAAUUGGCAGCUAGCUCUCAUUAUCCUUGCUAUGAUGCCUCUUCUAUUGUUAAAUGGACAUUUACAAAUCAGAUCCAUGAGAGGAUUUAGUGCAAAUGCAAAGAAACAAUAUGAGGAAGCAAGUCAAGUAGCAAAUGAUGCAGUAGGGAAUAUCAGAACAGUUGCUUCUUUCUGUGCUGAAGAGAAGGUAAUGGAGUUAUAUCAGAAGAAAUGUGAAGGACCAAUGCAAACAGGCAUAAGGCAAGGUUUAGUGAGUGGAAGUGGUUAUGGCCUAUCAAUCUUCUUUCUGUUCUGUGUCUACGGAUGCAGUUUCUACGCCGGUGCCAGGCUUGUUAAGGAUGGCAAAACAACAAUGUCAGAAGUUUUCCGAGUAUUUUUUUGUCUCACAAUGACUGCUAUAGCAUUAUCUCAGUCCGGCCUACUCGCCCCGGGCGCAAGCAAAGCAAAAAAUUCAGCUGCUUCUGUGUUUGCCAUUCUUGAUCAGAAAUCAAAAGUAGACUCCAGUGAUAAGUCUGGAAUUACAUUGCAAGAUGUGAAGGGAGAGAUUAAAUUCAACCAUGUCACUUUCAAGUAUCCAACUAGGCCUAAUGUUCAUAUAUUCACAGAUCUUUCCUUAACCAUUCAUUCAGGACAGACAGUGGCUCUAGUUGGAGAAAGUGGGAGUGGAAAGUCAACAGUAAUAUCAUUGCUGCAAAGAUUUUAUGAACCAGAUUCAGGUGAGAUAACUCUAGAUGGAACAGAAAUCAAGAAGCUACAACUGAAAUGGUUUAGGGAGCAAAUGGGGCUAGUAAGCCAGGAGCCUGUGUUGUUCAAUGACACCAUUAGAGCCAACAUUGCAUAUGGAAAGGGAGGGAAUGCAACAGAAGCAGAAAUUGUUGCUGCUGCACAACUUGCUAAUGCUCACAAAUUCAUUAGCAGUUUGCACAAGGGUUAUGAGACAAUAGUAGGAGAGAGAGGGAUUCAAGUAUCAGGGGGGCAGAAACAGAGGGUGGCAAUAGCAAGAGCCAUAGUGAAGAGUCCAAAGAUAUUGCUUCUAGAUGAAGCAACAAGUGCACUAGAUGCUGAGUCAGAAAAGGUGGUUCAGGAUGCACUUGACAGGGUUAUGGUAAAUAGAACCACCAUUGUGGUGGCACAUAGGUUAUCAACCAUUAAGGGUGCACAUUUAAUUGCUGUGGUUAAAAAUGGUGUCAUUGCUGAGAAAGGCACACAUGAUGCUUUGCUCAAAAAGGGUGGCACCUAUGCUUCCUUAGUAGCAUUCUUCUCAAGUUCUAGUUCAUCUUAAAUUCACCAACCCACACUAAAAAUUUAAUUUUUUAAAAAAAAAUUGUUGUUUUGUUGGAAAAUUUCAUCCUUUUUCAUGGUGAUAACUCUCAAUGGUCCACGUUGUAACUCAUCCAACAUGAAUGAAUUAGAAUUU